CCACCAGCCCCUCAUCACCCGCCGCUCCUCCUCAUCUCCAUCUCCCGCCAUGUCCGACACAAUUACCCUCGCCGCCCCCUUUGACGCCCACGUUCACCUCCGCCAGGGCAACCUGAUGCGCCUCGUCACGCCCCACGUCCACCAGGGCGGAAUCCGCAUGGCCUUCGUCAUGCCCAACCUCGUUCCGCCUCUCACCCUCCCCGAGCACACAAUCGCCUACGCCAAGGAGCUCCAGGCCCUCGCCCCCUCGCUCCACAUCCUCCCCUCGCUCUACUUGACCGCCAACCUCACCCCAAGCCACAUCCGCGAGGCCAAGCAGGGCGGCAUCGUCGGCGUCAAGAGCUACCCGCGCGGUGUCACGACCAACUCGGAGGGCGGCGUCGGCAUGGAGGGCUACGCCGUGUACGACGCCGUCUUUGCCGAGAUGGAGCGCGUCGACAUGGUCCUCAACCUGCACGGCGAGGUCCCGAGCGACAUUGACGGCGACGGCACGUGCGUCCUCAACGCCGAGGAGCGCUUCCUCCCGCACCUGCGCGAGAUCAACCGCAAGUUCCCCAAGUUGCGCAUCGUCCUCGAGCACUGCACGACCGCCGCCGCCGUCGAGGCUGUCAAGUCGCUCCCGCCCAACGUCGUCGCGACCAUCACGCCGCACCACCUGCACCUGACGAUCGACGGCGCAUGCUCGACGCCGCUCGGGUUCUGCAAGCCGCUCGCCAAGUUCCCCUCGGACCGCGCUGCCCUGCGCGCUGCCGUCGCGUCCGGCUCGCCCAAGUUCUUCCUCGGGUCCGACUCGGCGCCGCACCCUUCGCGGUCCAAGCUCCCGGCGCUCGGCGUGACGCUCCCGAGCCCGUGCGCAGCGGGCAUCUACACGGGCGCCAACCUCGUGCCGCUCACGGCUGAGAUCUUUGAGCGGUCGGGCAUCCCGGUCGACCGGCUCGAAGGGUUCGUCAGCACGCACGGGCGCCAGUUUUACGGCUUCCCGGCGCGCGACGGCGACGAGGUCGUGCUCCGGCGCGUCGAGGGCAGGACGGUCGACAAGGCGUACGGGUACAAGACGGACAAGGGCGAGGACGAGUGGGUCAUUCCUUUCCUCGCCGGCGAGGAGAUCCGGUGGGAGAUUGCGGCUUGAGCGGGCGAGCGCGUGCGAGCGAGAGAGGAUCGAGGAGCAGGCAAGGGCGUAGCCAAGUCGGUGUUGUAGUGCAGUAGCUGUCUGUGUCUCCCU